UUUGUUCAUUCAUUCUUUGUUUUUUUGUUUUUUUUUUUUGUUUUUGUUUUUUUCAAUCUUCACUUCUUCUUCUUCAUCGUCAUCCUGCACUGAGCAAAUGACUGCCGCGCACGACCAUCCCGCACCGCAGCAGGACACGCCGCCCGCAUCCGAUGCUGCUGAUGCACCCGCAGCCCAGCAGCAACAGCAGCAACAGCAGCAACAGCACCAGAGUGACGCUGCAAACACUCCUCCUGUGCCCUCUCCCGACGCUGCUGCUGCCGCUGCUGCCCCGCCGUCGCCAACCCCUGCCGCCGUCAAGCAAGGACUUAACGCUCUGCUUGAGCCUGGCGACGAGCACAAGCUGGACGAGUCGUUCGUCACUGUGCUUCCAGACUGGAACGCCCGCACAACCAAGUUCCACACCGAGCCCGUCAAGAUUGAUGGCAACCAAUGGCGCCUGCUGAUCUUCCCGCAGGGUCAGGAUGCCAACCCACCGCAUCUUUCGGUGUUCUUGGAGUGCUGCGACAUCAAGGAUCACCCCGCCAAGUUCCGCAAGUGCGUCAUCUUCUCCAUCACCGUCAAGAGCGCUCUUGGUGACCAAGUCAGCUUUUCCAAGGAUACCCGACACGUGUAUACUGCGGCCGAGCAGGACUGGGGCUACAAGUCGUUCGUGCCCCUGGCGGAGCUGCGAGACCCCGAGAAACAGUUUAUCGUGAACGACACUGUCACGCUUGUCACACACCUCAUGAUUGUAAGAGACUGGGAGACGGUUCAGAACGAGACCUGGGCCAACUGGAACAGCCGCAAGGAAACGGGUUUUGUGGGCUUGCGCAACCAGGGCGCGACGUGCUACAUGAACUCGCUGCUGCAGACGCUCUACUUUACCAAGCAAUUCCGCAAGGCUGUGUACAGCAUGAACACGUCCGAAGACAAUCUGGCCAAGAGUGUGCCGCUUGCACUGCAGCGCGUCUUUUUCAACCUGCAGACCGCGGAGCAGGCCGUCGGCACGCACGAGCUGACCAAGUCGUUUGGUUGGGACACGUACGACUCGUUCAUGCAGCACGACGUGCAGGAAUUCAGUCGCGUCCUGAUUGACAACGUUGAAACCAAGAUGAAGAAUACCCCCGUGGAGAAGGUGAUCGCGCAACUCAUGGAGGGCAAGAUGAAGUCGUACAUUCGCUGCAUCAACGUCGACUAUGAGAGCUCGCGCGUCGAGCCCUUUUACGACAUCCAGCUCAACGUCAAGGGCAUGAAGGAUGUGUACGCCUCGUUUGAGGACUAUGUCCAGGUGGAGACGCUCGACGGCGACAACAAGUAUGCUGCCGAGGGCCACGGCUUGCAGGACGCCAAGAAGGGCGUCACGUUCAUUUCUCUGCCGCCCGUCCUGCAUUUGCAGCUCAAGCGCUUCGAGUACGACUUCCGCAAGGACGCCAUGGUCAAGAUCAACGACCAAUUCGAGUUCCCCGAAAAGCUCGAUCUGGAAAAGUACCUCGCUGCUCCCGAGGACACGCCCGCCCACUACACGCUGCACUCUGUGCUGGUGCACAGUGGCGACGUGAACGGUGGCCAUUACGUGGCCUUCAUCAAGUCGCAGCGAGACGGCAAGUUUUACAAGUUUGACGACGACCGCGUUUCCCCCGCGACCAACGAAGAAGCCAUGGAAGACAACUUUGGCUCGUCGGAACCGCCGCUUCCUCUGGGUGCACCACGCGGACCCAUGGCUCGUGCAGGGUUUUUGCGUCUGGCGCGCCGCAUCACGAACGCCUACAUGCUGGUCUACAUCCGCGAGUCGCAUUGGGAGCAGGUCAUGGGCGAGGUCACGGCCGAGCACAUUCCUUCGUUCCUGUCUGACCGGUUUUCGGAAGAGUCUCGCAAGGAGGAGAGCGAGCGCAAGCGUCGCGACGAGGAGCACCUCUACAUGUCGGUGACGGUUUGCUCCGACCAGCACUUUGCGCAGCAUUCAGAGUUUGAUCUCGUUGACUUCCAAAGCCCGCAGCUGUUCAGCAGCCGCGUGCUCUUCACCUCGCCCUUUGCAGACUUCCAGGCCAAGGUUGAGCAGGCCCUUGGCAUUCCAGUCGCAAAGCAGCGCUUCUGGACGUGCAUUACGCGCGAGAACAAGACCAUUCGUCCAGACACGCCGUUGGAGGCAACCUCUCCCGCGAGCACCAUGCUUCAGGUCGUCGGCGGAACAUCUCGACACCGCUUGUACGUUGAGCAACUGGAGGACGCAGCACCGCCAGCAGUCGAUUCAAAGUCCAUGCUGCUCUUCUUCAAGUACUACGACCCGAAGGAGUCUCUGAUGCGCUACCUGACUCACUCUGUGGUUGACAAGGCGCAGCGCUUCUCCGACCUCUUCCCACUCAUCCGUCAAGCGGCUGGUUUGCCUGCUGAGGCUGCUCUCUCCGUUUACGAGGAGGUCAAGCCCUCGAUGAUUGAAAACAAGUCGCCGAUCAUGCAAUUGCGAAAGGCCGAGCUGCAGCACGGUGAUAUUCUUUGCUUUGAGCGCACCCUCGACGCUGAAGAGGCCAAGCAGUACGAGCGACCAUUCGUCCCGGACUAUUUUGGCUUCCUCAGCAACCGCCUUGUGGUUGAAUUCCGCGAGCUCGACAAGCCAACCGUCCCUGGCUUCAAGCUUGAGCUCUCAGUCCUCACGUCGUACGACGAGGUUUCCAAGCAGGUGGGCGAAAAGACGGGCACCGAUCCGCUCUUCCUGCGGUUCACCGGCGUUCGCUACAUUCUUGCCACUGGGGAACUUGGCCCCGCGAUGGCUCCGAUCAGCCGCCAGAAGAUCUCGACCCUUAGCUCCAUGCUGCUGUACUUGUACACUGCAGCCUAUCCGGCCACCAACCGUCGCUCCACGCUGCUGUUCUACGAGAAGCUGAGCAUGUCCAUUGUUGAUGUGGAAAACCGCGCUCCAGUUCGCUCGGUGCUGAUGAACGCCAAGAAUCAAAAGGAGAAGGAGCUCAGUCUCCUCGUCCCGAAGGAGGCCACUCUUCAAGAUGUUCUGGACGACACGCUGAAGCAAGUUGAGCUCCCGGAGGGCGGCUCUCGCAAGUUCCGAAUCUUCUCUCUCAUCUCUGGCGGCUCCAGCUACAAGGAGUAUUCCCCUACGGACCCAGCCGUCCCGUACACGUCCGACAUGUACACCACGACCUAUUAUUUCGAGGAAAUUCCCCUCGACCAAUUGGAUGUCGCAGAGACUGAUCGGCUAGUUUUGGUCAAACACUUCCAUAUUGAAUCGUACCACCCGCACGGAGUACCGUUCGUUUUCCGUGUCGGCCCGGAGGAAACUGUCGCGCAACUCCGCCAACGGCUUCAAGCCAAGCUCGACGUCAACGAUAAGGAGUUUGCCAAGUAUGGGCUGGCUAUUUUGCAGCAGUACGGCCGCAAGACAGAGUUUGCGGACGAAAACGACAUUGUUCUGAAUCGCUUGGGUCUCCAGGACAUGCUUGGUCUGGAUCAUGUCGACAAAACGCCAAAGGCUGUCUCCCGCUACGAUCGUGCCAUCAAGAUUCACAAUUAAAGCUGGAGGAGGGGGAACUCUGGUUUGUUUGUUUGGCGAGGAUGAGUGACAGGGUUGAUGCUUGUAACUCUCUGCCCUUGCUUUUGUCAUUUUGAUGUCCAUUUGUGUGACUGUGUGUUUGUUGUUUGUUGUUGUUGCUGUUUUGUUGUUGCUGUUGUUGUUGUUGUGGCUUUGUGCUGUGAUCUAGUUCGUUGUCGAAUCACACUGCUCCAAACUGGA